AUGACCAGAAGGCUUCUGUAUGACCCCCUGGCCUUCUACGAGAAUUUUUUGCUUAAUGCUUCAUUGGAAAACUUGCAGCCUGAGAUUAAACAACUAGCUGAGCGUCUUCGCUAUGAAGUUUCUGUUCGCGGAAAGCAAGUGGGUUGGUCUGAAAAGGUGGCCAGGUUCCACUUUAAGAAGAACCUGCAGAGGAUUAUUACGGAACUGUACGUUCGCGACAACUGCCAUCCCUUCAAAGCCACUUUACUGGUGUGGGUGCAGAUUCCAAUGUGGGUUUGCGUGUCCCUCGCUUUGCGCAACUGCAGCGUUGGCGCCGCGGACUCAGAAGUUCAAGAGCAGUUUUCAGCAGGUGGAACGCUGUGGUUUACAGACCUCACGGCACCAGAUUCUACGUGGAUUUUGCCGGUUUCGCUUGGGCUCGUGAAUUUGCUGAUAGUGGAGAUCUUUGCUUCGCAAAAAAUGGAAGUUUCCAGGUUCCAGAAGCUUGCUACGAAUUUCUUCCGAGUGGUGUCGGUAGUAAUGAUCCCCGUCGCUGCAACGGUCCCCUCUUCCAUGGCGUUGUACUGGCUGUCCUCCAGCUUCGUGGGACUCGUGCACAACCUGUUGCUGCGUUCUCCGACCUUUCGUCGACUGUGUUGCGUACCAAGGACCAAAUCGGAGUCGGCUACUCCUUACAGGGAUAUCGUGUCUGCCUUGACUGCCAAAUACAGAGCUGUCCCACAAAUGUUGCAUGGGCUGCCUUCUUGUCGUGAAGCUGAUCUGACCUACGGGCUAGCGAACAACGAGGUCUUGGUUGAGGGAAAAGGCUAG